GCGACUGAGGUGUAGACGUGGACGCCAUUGUUGUGUAUAAACGCGAUUAAAAUAAUUCUAUGGCAGAUAAAUACGAUUCCAACGGCGAUUACGCGAGUUACACCGAUAAUUUUAAACGCAAGAAUAUGCCAGACACCGUCACAGAGAGCGUGGACGGUGACAGCGAGGAGACAAACGCGUUAAAUCAGAAAGCCGGGGAGUAUGUACGGGAGCUGUUGGCCGAGAAGUUAUCGAUCGACCAAAACAAACUUCCAAAUGCCACAAGAUUAAUUGACCAAGAAAUAACAAAAAUUCAGCAAAUGGGAAGGCCACCAGCAAAGGAGCAAAAGUAUGUGGAUAUUUACAGAGAAAAGCCUAUUAAAGUCACAGUUAAAGUACUGGUACCUGUUCGGGAACACCCCAAGUUCAAUUUUGUUGGGAAACUUCUGGGUCCAAAAGGCAACUCCAUGAAGCGACUUCAGGAGGAGACCAUGUGCAAGAUGGCUGUUCUCGGAAGAGGUUCGAUGAAAGACCGUCAAAAAGAGGAAGAGUGCCGCAAUUCCCUCGACCCGAAAUACAGUCACUUAUCCGAUGACCUGCACGUUGAAAUUUCCGCUUUAGGCCCACCAGCUGAGGCACACGCUCGAGUCGCGUAUGCCCUCGCCGAAGUGAGGAAAUAUUUGAUCCCAGUCAACAACGAUAAUAUCAGACAGGAACAAAUGAGAGAGAUGGAGAUUAUGACUUCUUCUUCCGACACCCCUGGAAGAGCAACUGAAGAAGCAGAACCAAGAACUCGAAGGCCUCCAGCCUCCGCAAUUUUGAGACCUGCGCUACCAAGAGCGCCCCCUGUAAUGAGAACUGCAACACGAACCCCAGUCAUCACUCCUAGGGUAAUGCCGGCCAAGACAAAGAUCAUGUCAAUUUUGGACCGCGCACGUGUCGCCAUGGAGGAAAGCUACGGCUACGAUGAGGACGGUUACACGCCGUCGCCUCCUUCGUACGAAUACUCUUCUUCCAUGCCGCCCUCUAGAUCAUACCCGUCGCACCAUUACGAAGCAGACUAUGAACCCGACUAUUACCGAGAGAGCAGCACCUCAUACGAACCGUCAUCUCGGACUUGGAAGCCGUAUAAAUCUCCUACAACUUCAUCGAGCACCCGUCAUACUGAAAGUUCUCGUUAUAGAACCUCUCCCUAUACUCGUCCGUCGAAAUAAAUUAGCUCUGUAAAAGUAGAAAUAUAUUUCUAGACUUUUUGACUACGUUGUAUUAAAAUCUUUGGAUUAACAUGUUUAUUAUUAAAUAAAUGUUACUUUUCUUUUUUAUACAUUAAAAAGAAAUUAAUUUUGUUGCACUAAUGAAAUUUUUUAUUUUAAAAAUUUACAAUCGGAGCGAUUGUAUUAAAUUAUCCAAUUAAAAAUUUAAUAGCCUUUUUCUUAAUAUCUGCUUUACGUAAAUCUAUGUGGAUUAUAAACAUUUAAAUGUACUUAUAAUUGUAAAAUGAGUUAUUCUAUAAGAACCGGAGAGAGCAAAUGUGUGAACGCGUCACUAACACUUACAGAAUAGCUCUAUAAAUACAAAUAUAUAUGUUUAAUCUAGCUAACCAGUUAAAUGUAAUUGUGUAAGUCUACAAUAAAAUGUAAAGUUCUCUAAAGUUCUUAAUUUCCCCCAUAAUAAUAAUAAUUGAUUUUAAAACAUUCUAGUGUUCCGUUCGACAUCAGGUAAUGUAUGUUUAAAACGUAAUAUUAAACGUAAACCUUUAAAUAAUCCGUUUUUUUUAUUUUUUAAAUAUUUACUGCAUGGUACAUACUAAAAUAAAAAUUUACAGAUGGAAAGCCUGUUUAACAUGAUUUUUUUCCUAAUAACUGUGCUUUUACUAUUAUUUCCUAGCAAUUAAUACGUAAUACAUUGUUCGUUUUAAUUUUUUUAUUUAAUUUUAAAUUCGAUAUUUAUUUUUAUGUAAGUCCAGUCAUGUUAAACAUAUUGAAUACUGGCAGCAUCUCAUCAAGAAGAAACUGAGUUUCUGGUGGAGGUUUCUGGAAGAAUUUUUUGAUCUUGUUAAAAAUAAAAUAAGGAUCAUUCAUUAUUUAUUUAUAAAAAAUUUAAAUGUCGAAGCUCAGUUUCAUUUUGAUUUUA